AGAGAGUCUACUGAACUUUAGACAUGAGAGACCCAGGGGGUAAGAGCCUGGCCCAGCUAGAGAACUUGUGCAAACAGCUGUAUGAGACAACAGAUACAACCACUCGACUGCAGGCAGAGAAAGCCCUGGUGGAAUUCACCAACAGCCCCGACUGCCUCAGCAAGUGCCAGCUGCUCCUCGAGAGAGGAAGUUCAUCUUACUCCCAGUUACUGGCAGCUACAUGCCUUACCAAGCUUGUAUCACGCACAAACAACCCCUUACCAUUGGAGCAACGAAUAGAUAUUCGGAACUACGUGCUCAACUACCUUGCCACACGGCCAAAGUUGGCUACCUUUGUGACACAAGCGCUUAUUCAGUUAUAUGCCAGAAUCACAAAACUGGGCUGGUUUGACUGUCAGAAGGAUGACUAUGUCUUCAGAAAUGCAAUCACAGACGUCACAAGGUUUUUACAGGACAGUGUUGAAUAUUGCAUCAUUGGCGUCACAAUUUUAUCUCAGCUAACCAAUGAAAUUAAUCAAGCAGACACCACUCAUCCCCUAACCAAGCACAGAAAAAUAGCCUCUUCUUUCCGAGAUUCAUCACUAUUUGAUAUCUUCACACUUUCCUGCAAUUUACUAAAACAGGCUUCCGGAAAGAACCUGAACUUGAAUGAUGAAAGUCAGCACGGCUUGCUCAUGCAGCUGCUCAAACUUACCCACAACUGCCUGAACUUUGAUUUCAUUGGCACCUCUACUGAUGAGUCCUCAGAUGACCUCUGUACAGUACAGAUCCCCACCAGCUGGAGAUCAGCAUUCUUAGAUUCUUCAACUCUGCAGCUGUUUUUCGACCUGUAUCAUUCCAUCCCUCCUUCAUUUUCACCUCUGGUAUUAUCCUGCUUAGUACAGAUUGCCUCAGUUAGAAGAUCCCUGUUUAACAAUGCCGAGAGAGCCAAGUUUCUCUCUCAUCUUGUCGAUGGUGUUAAAAGAAUACUGGAAAAUCCACAGAGUUUAUCAGACCCCAACAACUACCAUGAGUUUUGCAGACUACUGGCCAGAUUGAAAAGUAACUACCAACUGGGAGAAUUGGUUAAGGUGGAAAACUACCCUGAAGUCAUCCGAUUGAUAGCCAACUUUACAGUGACCAGCCUACAGCACUGGGAAUUUGCCCCAAAUAGUGUGCACUAUCUCCUGAGCCUGUGGCAGCGGUUGGCAGCCUCUGUGCCAUAUGUCAAAGCCACAGAACCCCAUAUGCUGGAAACAUAUACUCCAGAGGUCACCAAAGCCUACAUCACAUCCCGUUUGGAAUCUGUGCACAUCAUACUGAGAGAUGGCCUGGAAGAUCCCCUGGAGGAUACAGGUCUGGUCCAGCAGCAGUUGGACCAGCUGUCCACCAUCGGGCGUUGCGAGUAUGAGAAGACCUGUGCACUCCUUGUGCAGCUGUUUGACCAGUCAGCCCAGUCCUACCAAGAGCUGCUGCAGAGUGCCAGCGCCAACCCGAUGGACCUCGCAGUGCAGGAGGGACGUCUGACCUGGCUCGUGUACAUCAUUGGAGCCGUGAUAGGUGGGCGGGUUUCCUUUGCCAGCACUGAUGAGCAAGAUGCUAUGGAUGGCGAGCUUGUCUGUCGGGUGCUCCAACUCAUGAACCUAACAGAUUCCCGCUUAGCUCAGGCGGGUAAUGAGAAGCUCGAAUUGGCCAUGCUGAGUUUUUUUGAACAGUUCCGUAAGAUCUACAUUGGAGACCAGGUGCAGAAAUCCUCGAAGCUGUAUCGCCGACUCUCAGAAGUUCUUGGCUUGAAUGAUGAGACCAUGGUCCUAAGCGUCUUCAUAGGAAAAAUCAUCACCAACUUGAAGUAUUGGGGCCGCUGUGAACCAAUCACCUCCAAGACACUACAGCUUCUCAAUGACCUCUCCAUUGGCUACAGUAGCGUAAGGAAGCUGGUGAAGCUUAGUGCGGUACAGUUCAUGCUGAACAAUCACACAAGCGAGCACUUUUCAUUUUUGGGUAUUAACAAUCAGUCCAACCUGACAGACAUGCGGUGUCGGACUACCUUCUACACGGCACUUGGGCGUCUCCUCAUGGUGGAUUUAGGAGAGGAUGAAGAUCAGUAUGAGCAGUUCAUGCUGCCCCUCACAGCAGCUUUCGAGGCAGUGGCCCAGAUGUUUAGCACUAACACUUUCAACGAGCAAGAGGCAAAGCGAACUCUAGUUGGCCUAGUGAGAGACCUCAGAGGGAUAGCGUUCGCCUUCAAUGCCAAGACCAGCUUCAUGAUGCUGUUUGAAUGGAUAUACCCAUCCUAUAUGCCAAUUCUCCAGCGGGCAAUUGAACUCUGGUACCAUGAUCCAGCCUGCACCACGCCUGUGCUCAAGCUGAUGGCUGAACUAGUUCAUAACAGAUCUCAGCGACUCCAGUUUGAUGUCUCUUCCCCUAAUGGCAUCUUACUUUUCCGAGAAACCAGCAAAAUGAUCACAAUGUACGGCAAUCGUAUCCUGACACUAGGAGAGGUCCCGAAGGAUCAGGUCUAUGCACUGAAGCUUAAGGGCAUCUCCAUCUGCUUCUCCAUGCUGAAGGCUGCCCUCAGUGGGAGUUACGUCAAUUUUGGAGUCUUCCGCCUCUAUGGAGAUGAUGCCCUGGACAACGCUCUGCAGACCUUUAUCAAGCUGCUCCUCUCCAUCCCCCACAGUGACCUCCUGGACUACCCCAAGCUCAGCCAGUCUUACUACUCAUUACUGGAAGUCCUGACACAGGACCAUAUGAACUUUAUCGCAAGUCUGGAACCUCAUGUCAUCAUGUAUAUUCUCUCUUCCAUUUCUGAAGGACUUACUGCACUUGACACCAUGGUAUGCACAGGCUGCUGCUCCUGCCUGGACCACAUUGUGACGUACCUCUUCAAGCAGCUGUCGCGUAGCACCAAAAAGAGAACAACACCCCUGAACCAGGAGAGUGACCGCUUUCUGCACAUCAUGCAGCAGCAUCCAGAGAUGAUCCACAGUAAAGUAAUUCUCAACCCCAUUGCAUCCACAAAAUGUCCCAAAGGAUUUUCCUCUGAGAUUGGUACCUAG